GCUUAGGACAAGAUGAGAGAACUGGAACCUGUAGGACAACAUUUUUGAUGCUCCUAGAAUAUAUAGCGUCAAGAACCUUACGUUUCCUGCAUCCCUUCGCCUUAAGGCCGUUGACGUUUUAACCUUUUUUAUUGCAUUCAAGUAAACAAUUAGUCAUCCAGUACUGAGCCUGAUCCAUUUACUACAGAAUAUAAGACGGUACGUACUGUGCUAGGGCAUUCAUACAUCAGUACACAUCGCAUUGGACAAGAUGAGAGAACUGUUCCUAACCGCCCUACUCGCCUGCGUGUCCGCAGCGCCCUCUAUCUUAGCACCGUACCCGUAUGCACUACCCAUCGCCGUAAAUGGGGCAGCACCUUUAGUGGGUGCACCGACCAUUUCGCCUGGCGACAUUGCAGCUGUUGCUAUAGAUGCUCAGGUUAAGUUCGCUGAUCAAGCCCGUUACAUCAGUGACGAAGCUAAAGAUAUAGCAGAACAAGCUAUUGAAAAACAAAACCAGGAAGUCCGCAACGCAAAUGACUUAGCCAAAGAAAAAGAAGAGGAAGCCUUAUGGGCUGCAGAAGAGAAGAAAUGGCAAGCACUCAACGAAUUACAAAUUGCUGAGGCUAGAAUUGCUGGAUCAAUUGCUAGCAAAGUUGCUGCUGAAGCCGAAAGUACCAAAGCAAAAGCUGAAGCUACAGAAGUGAAAAGUGAAGAAAAAGCUGAAAUUAAAACUGAAGAGAAAGCCGGAAUCAUUAAUGAAAUAGUAGAGGUUAAAAGUGGAGAAAAGUCGGAGGUGAAAACUGCUGAAGCCGGAAAACCAGCUGAAAUUGUAAUGCCUGCUGAGGCUGCGAAAGAAAACGCUAUUGAAGUCAAAGCCCUAACUCCAGAAAUAGCUAAACUCGAAGCGGCUUUAGCGGCUCUCAAAUCGGCUUUAGCACCUAUAGCUAUCGCUCCAGGUUUUAACUACCAGCCUUAUGUAGCACCGAUAUCCUACACUCAAAAUUCCGCCUACAGCUUGCAUCCUUUCCAACAUUUACUGGCAAUACCUUACCAGUCGACUUUAUCUGUUAAGAAAGUAUGGUAAAUAAAAGUUAUAUAUGAUGAAUAAGAAGGUAGUAAAGUGAUCUUAGAAUUAUUAAGUUA